AUGUCUGCUGAUUCUUGCUCAACGUGCUGCGCCGUACUCUCCAUUUUGGGUAUUAUUCAUCUUGUCCUUUUUGGAGGCAUGUUCCAGGCGCGGGCUAUUUCGUUCCACAUUGUAAGUGUGGAGAAUGGUUGGAAUAUUGAUGAGAAGGCCCGUGCUUGUUUUAACGGGGCCAUCUUUUACGGCAUAACGCUUUUUAUUUCCGUUCUAGCCCGCAUCUAUGCACGGCGUAGUGAUGCCGCACGACAGGCGUUGCUGGAAGCCGAACAGCGCCGCGAGCGUGCGGAGUUGUUAAAUCAUUGA